GCCCCCGUCUUUAAACUCGCUUAUGUGUAAUUGAUCUCUUCUCAGCAGAAAAGACAGCGGGAAUUUCAGUGUUUUGGGCAAAGUGAAAUGAAAAUAAUCAAGACGUCCGACAUGGAGGAUGGACUCUAAAACACCUCCAGACAUCAGAACAGCUUGACAGUCCAGAAGCAGCUGAACGAUCGCCGUGUUUCUGAGGAUGCUGCACAUAUCACAUACAAAUGUAGCUUGAAGCUAUGGAGGAUGGGUGGUGCUGCUGUUGGCAGAAAUGUUAGAAAGCUAGUUAAACUAGUUGUAUUAGUUAAUGAGGAAGUUGGUUCACAGAAUUGAGAAACCAUUUGCUGCAGGUGUUGAUUGGAGUCGAUUGCUUCACAGUUAAUGUAACGGAUCAAAAUAAUCGUCUAAUGGAGUACAGCGAGAGAGUGCUGUGUGGGACGGGGGAGGUGGAGCUGGACCCAAACAUUGUGAGCGAGGAGGCAGGGAAACUCUACUCAGAGCUGCAGACUGUUAUCGAAACCCAUGGUGAAGGUGUGGUGGAGUCACUGGUCCCUAUAUUUGUGUGGGUCCUGGAGGGUCUGGCCAACUGUAAAGCUCAGCUGAGAGACCGGGAGGAGGAAGCGGAGAAGGAGAAAACCGAACGAGAAGCGCUGCUCGAGAGAUACCAGGCAGAGCGAGCGCUAAGAAAAGAAAGUCAGGAGAGGUACCUGGAGUUGGAUGACCAGAUUGAACAGGAGAGGAGAGCCAUGAGGGUGAGGGAAAAGGAGCGGGACCGUCGAGCUCGAGAGCUGGAGAACAAAGCCCGAGAGCAGGCUGAUCAGUUGGUGGCCCUGGAGGAGCAGAAGACUAAUCUAAGUCGAGAACUGAGCACAUUGAGACUCACUCACAACAAGUUGGCUAACACUCACCGGGAAAUUUUGGAAAAGAGGAAGGAAUCUGACAGGGAUUCUCCAUUGAGGAAUCAAAUGCUUUUAAAGAACCGUGACCUUCCAUCCAUACACGUCUCCUCAGACUCCUGCGAUAAUGACAAGAUCAUUCAAAGACCCCACUCAAACUCUGGUCCUCCCUGUUUGGAAGAUUUAGAAGUUCAGAGAGAAAAUGCGAUUGACAUUUCUGUGAAGUCCGGCGUGAAUCAGUUUGUCAGCGAUAUCAUCAGCUCCACUCCUGAGCUGGCACAGUUUCACGGCUCUGCAAAUGCAAGUUCCCCGCUGAUACCUCAAGCUGAAGACAAGUCGGAGCUGGAUACGAGUUGGGAGGACGAGAUGAGGGAGAUGGAGAAACAAAAAGAAGAAGAAGAAAGGAAAGAGGAAGAAGGCGUGGAGGUGGAGGAAGAGGACAGUAUAGAGUGGGAACUCCGCAACACCGACUCUGUCUUCUCUGAACUGUCGGAGCUGAGUCGGGAUUAUGUGGAGAGUGUAGACCGAGGAGCCAAUGUCAGAGGCAGUACAGACCAGUUCGAGGAGAUUCUUUCUCAGUAUGAGGAAAUGAAAGUCACCAACGAAUCACUUGACGCUGCUCGUAAAGCUUUGAUAUCUCGAGUAGUGGAGCUCACUGAUGACCGUUCAGCUCUAAAGCUGGAGGUGAAUACACUUCAGGAAACCGUCUCCAGAUUAGAAGGCCGAAUGAAGGAGAAGGAGGAGGAAACGAAAAGACUCCGUAAAGAGCUGGAAACCAUCCAUUCUGAGGAUCCUGAUGCCUCUCUGCCCGCGUCCAUGCGUCACUUCUCUCGCUCUGAAAUGGCUCGUGUUGUCAUGGAGAAGAACCAGUACAAGCAGCGUCUGUUUGAGCUGCAGGAGGCCGUCAGACACAGUCAGACACUCAGAGCAACAAAGGAGGAGAGGUUAACUGAUGAUAAACGGUCCAGUGUUUGGAGAAGGUUCAACCGUUUGUUUGGCUUGACCAAGGUGCCACUAAUCCCUCCAUCUACCUCUGCGCUGGCUCUGUCCUCCUCCCCGUCAUUCUCUCGCUCCCCUGUUGCAUCUCCAAAACUCCCGGCCAUAACUCGAACUCACACAGAAUCCUCCUCUCCUGCUGCUCUCUCACCACGUGUCAGGAGGAGAGAAAUCUACAGAGAAAUCCGCUCCCAGAUUUGGGGAACAAUGGGAAAGCGGCAGCUGCACGGCUGGAGCGUGCCACUGGCAAACACUCAGGAGUCUAAUGAAUCUGUACCGGAGCCCAAAGAUGUGCCUGAACUCGUGCAGCUCAGACUUUUGGACCAAAGAGACUCCACUGCCAAGCUGAACUGCGCAGUUGCAGUCACACCAGAGAUCUCAGGAGAAGCCACCUGCACUGUGUGGGUGGUUUCCGGCCCUGCCUCCUGCAGUGACGUUACGGUGAUUGAUCCGGCUCGCUCCAAUACCGUCCUGGAUCAGUUCAGCCUCCCUCCCACAGCGCCGGCGCUCUGCAUCUGUGCCGUGCCUCCCAUAGGUGGCAGUUCAGGAACUGUGUGGAUCGGGACUCAGGAAGGAAGUCUCCAGAUACAUCCGGCCUCUGCUGACAGGAGACGCUGUCUGCAGUCUGUUUCGCUGUCGGAGGCCGUUCAUUCACUCACGUAUACACAGGGUCAAGUCGUAGCCGGUUUGGCUGACGGCACGUUGGCCUUUUUCUCUCACGGUUCAGGUGGCUGGAACCUGCAGUCACACUCAGCAGUGCCUGUUGGAUCAAACCCCGUGCAGCCCAUUCGCUGCUGCCUUGCCAAAGGCGACUGUCUGUGGGUGGGAUACUGGAACAAAGUCCAUGUGGUUGACCUUAAUAACAAGAAAGUGGAGCAAAUAUUCUCGGUGUCUGAGCGCAGCGAGCAGCAGGUCCGUUUCCUGUGUGCUGGUGGAAGCGGCGUUUGGACGGCCUGCCGGCUCGAUCACAUGCUCAGGCUGUUUGAUUGGUCCUCAGGACGGCCGCUACAGGAAGUAGAUUUCAUGGCUUUGAUCACCAAAACAUUAGGUCAGCCUUUCCUCACGCUCUCGCCUCUCCAGAUCUCUUCACUCGCCAUCAUCUCUGGUCGUCUGUGGAUUGGCACAGGAGGUGGUGCCGUUUUCUCCAUCCCCUUAUCCAUAACUUCAGAAGCCGUUUCCAUCCCGUAUUCCAACACUGCAUCAGCCCAGCUGUGCUACCAUGGGCAUCGGCAGUCUGUCAGAUUCAUCAUUGCUGCAUCUGGUUGCUUGAUCACUUCUCCAGGCAGCAGCCAUGUCACUACAGCUCAGCGGGUCCUGAGCGGCGGAGAAGGGUACAUCAACUUCCGAAUUGGCGAUGAUGCAGGUGAUGAAUCGUCUGAGACGUCUCAAGCCUCGCCACAGCGGUCUGAACGCAGUCACAUGAUCAUUUGGCAGAUUCCAGCUUCCUCCGUUCCCAGUCCUGCACUCUGACAUUGUUCGCUCCAUCGGUCAGAGCAUUAAGACCAGAUCACGACGGAGCCACACCAUUGUAAAUGGUGCGUUCAUGGAACUAAACGAGGCCACGUCUCAAUAUGGCAGCACCUUUUUAAAUGUGAUUGAUAUAACUUCACACUUGUUUACCUCAUAGUUUUGGACAUCUCCCAUCUUUACUGGAUAAUGGUGCCUUUCUGUGUGCCUUUGAUUUUAUAUCAAUUCUGUAUGAUCGAUCAGUAGUACCUGGUUGCGUGAAAGCCAUGUCGACCAUAGCACUGGAAGAAAAACAAUAAUUCAAACAUAUCUCUUUUUUUAUAUUUCUUUUUGAGAAGCCUGAGCUCUGACAUUUCAUGAUGUGACGGUAACAUUUUAUUUGGCUGCAGUUUCUGCUGCUUUGUCAUAAAGUGGAAUCAGGCUUCUGGAUUUUCUGCACACAUAAAGACAAUCAGGCACUUUAUCUCCUGAGGUUGCAUUGAGAUUGUUAAACAUCUGUUGUGAUUCUUCACCCAUGAGUGUUAACUCAAACUAUCGCCCUUCACGUUGCAUGUGGUGAAACUACGAAUACCAGCACGUUAUGAAUGUGUCUUCACAUCUCCUCUCCUAAAUCAAAGAUUUAAGUAGGUGUUGUAUAAAAUAUUUAUUUUCUCAAUCAUUUUGAUUCAUGACUUCUGAAGGAAGACAUGAAAUUAGUGUAUUAUUUUGGUUCAUGCUUAAGUUUGACAGCAACAUGAGGGAGAGACAUUGAUCCCAUGUAUUCUAUGCAGUAUUUUUGUGCACUUAUACAUCUGUGAUCAUGUGAUCAUCUCAUUUGAUUUUGAGACUUUUGUCUGACUCAACUUUUUGCAAAUUUGAUGAAUGUCAUUAAAGUGUUGUAGUUUU